AUGAAAAGCUCAAUGGUUCUAAUGGUAAUAGCUUUCCUUCACCUCAUCGUUUUUCCGACCACAACUGUCGGCAAAAACUUGAGAUUCCCGUCAAAACCUACCGAAGGAUGGCCACAUCCGUCUGAAGCCUCCACAAGCGAGAUAGUUAUGAGCAAUUCCAAUAAGAUGUUUAACUAUGGUGACUCCAAAGUUUGGAAAUGUAUUCAUACCGACGGAUCUGGUACAGUUAUUUCCAUUACAACUCCAUCAAGGCCGUCAUCUUCUACGCCAUCAACUCCGUCUCCUACGCCUUCUACUCCCGAAACGUCUCCUUCGCCACCUACACCUUCGCCACCUAUACCUUCUCCUCCGCCUCCAACUCCCAAAAAAGCUCCAUUUUCAUCUCCACCACCGCCAACACCAUCGCCUCCUCCUCCAACUCCCAAGAAAACUCCAUCUCCACCCCCUCCAACUCCAUCUCCACCCCCUCCAACUCCGUCUCCACCGCCGCCAGCUCCCGUGAAAGCUCCAUCUCCACCCCCACCAACACCGUCUCCACCCCCUCCAACUCCGUCUCCACCGCCGCCAACUCCCGUGAAAUCUCCAUCUCCACCACCGCCAACACCAUCGCCUCCUCCUCCAACUCCCAAGAAAACUCCAUCUCCACCCCCUCCAACUCCAUCUCCACCCCCUCCAACUCCGUCUCCACCGCCGCCAGCUCCCGUGAAAGCUCCAUCUCCACCCCCACCAACACCGUCUCCACCCCCUCCAACUCCGUCUCCACCGCCGCCAACUCCCGUGAAAGCUCCAUCUCCACCACCGCCAACACUAUCGCCUCCUCCUCCAACUCCCAAGAAAUCUCCAUCUCCACCACCACCAACACCAUCUCUUCCACCUCCAACUCCCAAGAAGUCUCCGUCUCCACCACCGUCAACACCAUCUCUUCCACCUCCUACGUCUCCACUGCCAUCAACACCAUCUCUUCCUCCUCCAACUCCCAAGAAGUCUCCCUCUCCUUCACCGCCAAGUGAUGAGUCAUCAUCUCCUAGCCAGCCUUCGAACCCACCUCCGAAAUAUCAUCAUGAGUAUCCACUGGAACACAUUGGACGUUGUUAUAGUAACAUGGGACGUGUUGGGUUUUGUCGGGGAGAGAUGGCGUACAGUUUCUACACGAGGUUGUUUAAAGUCAGCAAGUAUUGUUGCAAUCUUAUCGUCAACAUGAAAAACGAAUGUGACGACGUUAUUUGGGGAUACUUCCAGGAUCCUCUCUUCGUACCUCUUGUUCGAUGCACUUGUCACGUCACCUUCUAG